AUGGAGCAGGCGAGGAGGAAGAGUUCACGGUCAUGGACGGCGGCCGUGGCCCUGGUGUCACUCUUUGCCGUAGUCGCCGUUGCCGCGGCGGGGGCGCCGGUGCCGAGGAGGAUCCUGGUGGACACGGACAUGGACACCGAGGACCUCUUCGCGCUGCUCUACGUCCUCAAGCAGGACCGGUCCAAGUUCGACGUCAAGGCCAUUACCAUCAACGCCAACGCAUGGAUCGACGCCGGCCACGGGAUCAACCAGCUCUACGACAUCCUCUACAUGAUGGGCCGCGACGACAUCGCCGUCGGCGUGGGCGGCGACGGAGGCAUAUCGGACGCCGGCGAGAUACACCCCGACGUCGGCGGCUACCUCCCUCUCAUAGACCAGGUACUACUAACAACAUGA